UUCUAAUUGGGAUUCUGGUUGGAUGGUACCUUUAAAAUGUGAAUAAGGAAGGUGCUAGCUUUUUCCCCUAAAAGUGAGGCAGGUGCAGAUUGGGGCCAGCCUACAGUUCACUUGGUUAGCUCACUACCACCCUUGCCUUCUCCAGCCGUUCAUCCUGCCAGACCUGUUGCACGUGUUCGGAAGUUUUACAAGUUAAUUAGUUGAGUUAACAAAUAUGAAGAUCCAUUAGGGAGCCUGUGCUUGCAGUAAAGUCGCGCUAGUGCCUAGUCCGAACCAGACUUUGUGCAGCAAACUCAGCCAGAGCCAAAAACAAUCUCAAGACGGAGGCUUUUGAUGCUGAGUUCAGUUGUAUUACUCGGGAUGCCUGAGUCUUAACAGGCUCAGUGGGUUUUUCUACAAUAGAUACAGUUUUACUCCCGUGGAAUACUAGGAGCCCUAAUGGGAAUUGGCAAGGUUGGAAACCAGAAGCGGGUAGUUGGUGUGCUUUUGGGAUCGUGGCAAAAGAAAGUACUUGAUGUGUCCAACAGUUUUGCAGUACCUUUUGAUGAAGAUGACAAAGAUGAUUCUGUCUGGUUUUUAGACCAUGAUUAUUUGGAAAACAUGUAUGGGAUGUUUAAGAAGGUCAAUGCCAGAGAAAGAAUAGUUGGGUGGUACCACACAGGCCCCAAACUGCACAAGAAUGAUAUCGCCAUCAAUGAACUCAUGAAGAGAUACUGCCCCAACUCAGUAUUGGUCAUUAUCGACGUGAAGCCAAAGGACCUGGGACUUCCCACUGAAGCCUACAUCUCAGUGGAGGAAGUACAUGACGAUGGGACGCCAACAUCAAAAACUUUUGAGCACGUAACUAGUGAAAUUGGAGCAGAGGAAGCCGAGGAGGUUGGAGUGGAGCAUUUACUAAGAGACAUCAAGGACACUACAGUGGGGACGCUCUCCCAGCGGAUCACAAACCAGGUCCAUGGUUUGAAGGGACUGAACUCCAAGCUCCUGGAUAUCAGGAGCUACCUGGAGAAGGUAGCCAGUGGCAAGCUACCCAUCAACCACCAGAUCAUAUACCAGCUGCAGGAUGUCUUCAACCUGCUGCCGGAUGCCAGCCUGCAGGAGUUCGUCAAGGCCUUCUACCUGAAGACCAAUGACCAGAUGGUGGUGGUGUACUUGGCCUCGCUGAUUCGCUCUGUGGUCGCCUUACAUAACCUCAUCAACAACAAGAUUGCCAACCGGGAUGCGGAGAAGAAGGAGGGACAGGAAAAGGAGGAGAGCAAGAAAGAAAGAAAAGAUGACAAAGAGAAGGAGAAGAGCGACGCAAAGAAAGAAGAGAAAAAGGAGAAAAAGUAAAUCGUGUAGCUUUUUUAAUUGGUAAAUUAAAAUCUUAUAAACUUAACUCCGUGUGCCACUAAGAGGGUCCUUUGUCACAUUCAGUGCUUGUUGACAAGCGCUCUGCCCUGAUCAUCCUUGCUGUGGCAUUUUGUGGAGAUGAAUGGACAGAAGGACUGAUCCCAGCCCUACGUUACAGCUUCAGUUGCAUGAGUUGGGGGGUGUGGUGGCUCAGGUGUCCGAUUUCGUGAGAACAACCUAACCUUCCUUUUAUCCUUAAAAGGGAUUUUUUUUUUCCCUGUCUUAUAAGAUCCAUGAGAUCUGUUGGUGGUAAUUUUCAUUAUUGCUAAGUGGAAUUCAUGGAUCCCAUACUAUGCCACCCAACACUUGAGCUUGGACCCUUCUGAACUCUUGAGACCACACCACAUUUUGAACCUGUAACUAGCAUUCUUAGGGCUUGGGGUCCAAGGCCAUGUAUUGUUUACCUUCAAAGAUACAAUUAAAUGGCUUGGUUUUUAUGUC